UUAGUAUUUAAAGUAAGCAGCUGAUCGGAAGCAUUUAAAGAGAGAUAUAUAAAAUAAAAGAAAGAAAAAGAAAUAAGAGAGAAAAACAGAAAGAGAAAGAGAGAAGCAGAGGUUACAGAGACUCCGUCGCUCUUCUCCAAUCGGAUCAUUCAAUCCCUAAUUUUUUUUUUUUGGAAAAUCCUAAGUUUUGCAUUCUUAUCUCUCACUUUUCUCUUUCUCGUUCCGAUUUUUAUUAUUUUUUAUCAAAAUUUUGUUCUCCGAUUUUUAGUGUUUUUUGCCGUCGAUCAAGUUGUCGACUUAGGAAAAACAAGGGAAAAUCCAAUUUUGUUUAAGUUAGGGUUUGAUAUGGCUGCGAAUGUUAAUACGGCUAAUUUGAAUACCUCCGCUGCAGUGACAGCUAUUAAUCACUCUCCCAGUAGCCCUAAUCAAUCUAAUCGUGCCACGAGGGCAGUUUCUUCGCCCUGGACUCAAAUCGUCCAUGGAGAAUCGGAGCCGAUCGCCGGUGUUCCUUUAUCACCUUCGUCGUCUUCGUCGUCGUCACCAUCAACGGCUGUGAUUGAGCCGCCUGUUACCACGGUGGUCGAAGAGGGAGGCGUGGAGAACGGCAGUGCUGGGCCCAAUGGUAAUGCCGGUAAGAGACCGGCUUGGAACAAGCCUUCCAACGGCUCUGCCGAGUUUGGGUCCGUCAUGGGGGCCCACAUGUGGCCUGCUUUGUCUGAGUCCGCUAGGGUUUCUUCCAAAUCCUCUUCAGAUUCAUCCAGAGCUUCAUCGGAUGGACCAUCUUCUCCUUCUGUUGUCCCCGUUUCUCAGGGGAGCGGAAGUGCGUCAUCGUCGUCUUCUUCACAGAAACAAGUCAACAACAGUAAUUUGAUACCAAACCAUACAAUGGCUGCACGCCAAAGGCCAAUGAAGCGAAAUAGUAAUAACUCAGCAUCUAAUGGUGGCAUUUUGCAGCCACCACCGCAAGGUCCUGUGGUUGAAGCACCUCUGAGUGGUCCUUCAAGGGACCAUACACAGAGAAGUGGAUUUGUGUCACAGCCUCAUAGUGGUGGGAAUGAUCAUCCACACUCACGGAAUUCAUUCAGAUAUCGUAAUAGUGGUUCGCAUCCACGAGGAGAUGGUUCUCACCAUCAGAAUUAUGGAGGAAGGCGCAAUCAAGACCAUGGAAAUCAAAAUUGGAAUGGUCGAAACUUUAAUGGUAGGGAUGGUCACAUGCAGUCAAGAGUUGUUCCCAGGUUAAUAAGGCAUCCGCCACCUCCUCCACUGCCUAAUACCACACCAUUUAUUGCUCCCCCACCCGUGCGCCCCUUUGGCAACCCCAUGGGAUUUCCUGAAUUGGCAUCUCAUGUUUAUUUAGUCCCAGCCCCUCCAGACUCGUUUAGAGGUGUCCCAUUUGUUCCACCAAUGCCCCCGGUGUUUUUCCCUGCUCCAGAGCCUCAAGAUCAUCAGUUGCAUGCUAAGAUAGUGAAUCAGAUAGAUUAUUAUUUCAGUAUUGAAAAUCUAAUUAAGGAUAUAUUCUUGCGGCAGAACAUGGAUGACCAGGGCUGGGUUCCUAUUAGAUUAAUAGCAGGCUUUAGAAAGGUUUCAAUGUUGACUGAUAAUAUUCAGCUUAUACUGGAUGCUCUGCAAAGUUCAAAUGUUGUGGAAGUAGAGGGUGACAAAGUAAGAAAGCGGACUGAUUGGAGGCAUUGGAUAAUGCCGCCAUCUGUUCAGUUCCCUACCAUGUUUGGUCAGGAUAUGCCGGUCGCCAGUGUUCAGAAUAUUUCUUUGGAUCAGAGAACUGCUAACCAGAGUGAGGCAAGGAGCCAAGAAGAUGUUCAUGCUGAUGGACUAUCAGGUAGAUCAUCUUCGGGGGACUUCAAUAAUCAGUCACAGCUAUUUGGCCAAGAGGGAAAAGCUGUAGGUGUUCAAGGUGGUGCAGCAACUAAUUCAAAUUAAGCAAAAUGUGCAUCACGGCAGCACAUUUUCUUGCUAAAGUUUCUGGAAGAUAGAGCAGAGGAUGAUUUUGACACCAUGGGUGAUUAUCUUGCCUGGCAUAAUGAAAUAUGAUUUCUCGUGCAGCAAAUUAGAGAAAACAUUACGAGAAGAAAAGGAAAACAACUUUUAGAAAAGGAUAAAAAAAACACAGAAUAUUAAAAAAAAAAAAAAAUUGAACCUUUUAGACUUGAGCUAGUAGCACGAAAUUAUUGUGGCUGUUAUUGGUUUUUUUGGGGGAGAUGUUGCAUUUUCCUUUACUAUUUAUGGUGAUCUGGAUGGUGUUUAAAUCUGGGGAAUUUUGAUUUGCUUCCCCUCGCUACCCAUCGUCUGUUUUUUCUUUUUUUUGGAUAAAUCUUUGGGGUCUGAGAACCUCCGGUUAGUUUUUUUUUUUUUUUGGGGGGGGGGGGAAGGUAUAUAAACUUUGAAAGAACAAAAUACUUAAUGGGUUCAUGUCUUGCAUUAUGCGAGGGGGAGAAAGGAGAAUUGAUUUAUACUGCAGCAGCUCGUGCUACUGGUGGUAAUCAUCGCUUCAUGGUUAAAUUCCUUUCCUUCUUUGACGGCCUAUAUCAUUUACCAAGAAUUGCAUUUUUAUAUAUGUAUAAUACUUAUUCUUAAUACUCUGUUAAGGACUUGCAUUUGCUGCAUAAUAUUGUCCUUAAUUUGUGGGACAAACCAACCUUUGAAAAUGACCAAGUUACAACUGGAUGUAUGAUUUAAGUUUUGGACCUUCUGGUACUUGGACUUGCUCUCAAAUAAUAUUCCUUAUAGUAUUAUUUAUUAAUCUUUACUGACUGACUUCUUGUAUGGUAUAAGUUACCACCUUUAGUCAAAUACCCAAUGUUAAUGUGGCUGAAACACCCUUUUCCUGAGUCCUGACCGGAAACACCCUUUUCCUUACAAGGUCGUUGGCUUUGAUGGUGGAUUGUUAGUGUGGUUGAAACGUACGAUACAAUGGUGACAUCAAACCAAUCUGAAUGAAUCGCUGCCUCCUGUUCAUUUAUUGACGUUGUCAUCAUUUGUUAAAAAAGAUCCCACAGCGGACGCUGCAUGGAGAUAAUUAGUGAAGGAUAACAAGUCCCUUUCUCUUUCAGUUGUGGAUAGUGCCAUUAUUAUUGACAAUGG